AUGGGUUCAUUAGCAUAUGUUGGUAGAGACGCAGCUGUUGUAGAUUUUACUGGUUCAAAACUAUUCUUGAAUAUAUUUAAUUUAAAACCAUUAUCGGGUCGCGAUGCAGAUUAUUUAUGGAAAUCAUUUUAUUUUGCAGAAAUGUUUACUGGACGAACAAAAACAUUGCUUGCAUUUGAUUGGAUUCGUAUACAAACAUAUGGAAGAGAUAUUAGUCGAUAUUAA